AUGAGAGUGAAAGCGGACAAACUGAAGGAGGACAUACACAAGUUGCUUAAGACGUCCAAAGGUAGCGUGGUUGAGAAAAUGACUUUACUGGAUGCACUCCAGCAUCUCGGAAUAGAUCACCUCUUUCAAGAACAGAUUAACACGGUGAUAGAUGAAAUCCACAAGAGCGAAUUCAAUAGUGAUUGCCUCUAUGAGGUUGCUCUUCACUUCCGUUUGCUUAGAGAGCAUGGAUGUUGGGUAUCUCCAGACAUUUUCAAUCAAUUCCAGGGCAAAGAUGGAAGCUUCAACAUGGAUACAAUUACUAGUGAACCAAGGGGGUUGUUAUGUUUAUACAAUGCUGCUUACCUUGCAAUCCAUGGUGAACCGGAACUUGAUAAUGCCAUAUGUUUUGCAAGACAACAUCUUGAAUCUAUGAGGGGUAGUCUUAAGUACCCUUUAUCCGAGCAAGUGAAACGAAACCUCGAGAUACCAUUACCAAGAACAUUGAACAGAAUAGACGCACCAUAUUAUAUUGCAGAGUACAAGCAUGACCAAGCAUGCAACCCCUCUGUACUAGAGCUUGCAAAGCUUGACUUUAAUCUUCUGCAGUGUCUUCACCAACGGGAGCUCAAGGCUUUUUGUCGGUGGGGAAACGAUCUAUAUGAAGAUGUGGGGCUAAGCUACUCUCGGAAUCGUAUAGUUGAAUGCUACUUCUGGUCCUACACUGUGCACUAUGAGCAACACUAUGGACAUGCACGACUAAUUCUUGCCAAGUUAUUCGCGCUAUCAUCCCUACUGGAUGAUACUUUCGACAUGCAUGCUACAUUGGAAGAGGGUCGGAAGCUCAAUGAAGCCAUACAAAUAUGGGAUGACAGUGCUAUUACUCUUUUACCGGAGUACUUGAAGAGGUACUAUGUCAAGUUAAUGAAAACCUUUAGUGAGUUUGAGAACGAGCUGAAACAAGAUCGCAAGUACCGCAUUGUUCACUGUCGGAAAGCAUUCCAAACGCUGUGCAAGCAUUACCAGCAGGAAUCCGAAUGGUUCCAUAGCAGCCACAUCCCAAGCUUUGAAGACCACGUGAAGUGCUCGGUCAUCUCUGCUGGUACUCCAUCCUUGGUCAUCGGCUCACUUGUUGGUAUGGGCGAUGAGGCGACUGAUGAAGCAUUCAAGUGGGCCCUUGGGUACCCUGACAUUGUAAAGGCUUGCGGCGAGGUGACACGUUUCAUGGACGAUUUGGCUGCAUUUAAGCAUGGCAAGAACAAGCUGGAUGUUGCCAGCUCCCUGGAGAGCUAUAUCAACCAACAUCAUGUCACGAGCGAGGUAGCUAUCGCUGUGCUGGAAAUUUUUGUCGAAGAGGCAUGGAAAACUACCAAUCGAGCACGAUUUGACGACCGUCGUGCGCUUCUCCCGUUUGUGAACCGGGUCGCUAACCUCACCAAGAGCAUGACCAUGUUGUUCCGUGACAAGGGCGACCUGUACACAUUCAGCCGCGGCAACAAAGACAGGAUCCAACGGCAUUUCAUCGACCCUCUCCAGCUCUAG